GCGGUAUCAGUGUGUGAGGUAUCUUGGAGAACGGGAGCGCGGCGGGAAUCGCCGACGGACCCGCGAAGUCCUUCAUCAACCUAACCUAAUCUUCAGCACGCGGCGGCCAGCGGAAAAUCUACGUCCCGGAUUCCGGCGACGCUCGCGAGCCCCGAGGGGUUCGUCGACUUUUUCCGCGCGCUCGGCGGUCGACUUCAUAAAUAUUGGACACGAAUACGCGCCACAUACGUACGCCGCCGUCCCGACCGCGAAAGGACGGACGAGGCCGCGAGGGAAGAAAUAGGGGAAGUCGUGGCUUGAUAGCCGCGGAUCGCGCUGAGGUGAAUUAUGAGCAUGCGACGUUCUCCAGCGCGCCGUCAUCGUCACCGUCAUCAUCAUCGUCGUGAUCACUGUCCCGCGAUCGCCGGUUGCUUCGCCGUAAUCGAAGACUUUUUACACAAGUGCAUCGACCGCGCGAAUCUUCGUCGUCGUCAUCGUCAUCGUCACCGUCUUCACCGUCGUCGCAGUGCAAUGAUGGAAGAAAGUGUGGCGGAUUUAUUGAAAAAUUGGGGAUUUGAGAAAUUUGUCUCAAUAUUUGAAGAGAAUGAGGUUAAUAUGGAUGCGAUGAAGGUGAUGACUCAUGAAGAUGUAGUUUCAUUAAUCUCCAAAGCUGGCCCUAGAAUAAAGUUUUGGUCAAAGUUACAAGAGUGGCAAUCCAGAAAUAAAAACGCGAUUGCUAUAAAUACUAGUACCGACAUAGAAUCUUUGCCAACGAACCUGGUGAUGGGAAAUGAAAUAUGCAUGCCUGAUGCGAAAGAUCUUUUUGAACGACACGCAACAUUGGAAUUGCCUAUCGAAAUCAAAGAUCUCGAUUUAAUAAUACCAUCGACAUCACAACAGCAGGCAAACUCUGCAGAUAUUAUUAUUAUCGAUAUUGAAAAAACAUCUGAAGAGCAAACUCCCGUCGUCCAGUGCAAAAGAAACUUAAAAAAUUCAGUCAAUGAAUAUAUUGAUGACGACGCAGUUAACAGUGCAGGGAUCAGAGAGGCCUUCGACUCAGGCACUUUUACUGAAAAACAUAGAUUAAAACUCAGUCGUCUCAUUAUUACAAAGGAAUUCAAAAACGACAUUAGUGCAAA